CGUACGACUGGCCAAGUCAGGGUCACACGUGUUUAGCGUUGCUUGAUAAGAUAUUAGUGAAUUUAAUAAAAUGGAGCCCAUUAAUUUAAUGUCUAUGAAUACUAGUGAAUUAAAAGUAUUCUUGGAUACCUUCGAUCAUGUAUUUUCCGACUGUGAUGGUGUAAUUUGGACAAAGAAACCUAUACCUGGAGCAGGUGAGUUCUUUGAGAGAAUGCAACAGUUGGGAAAGACUGUACACUUCGUUUCUAAUAACAGCAUGAGAACUAAACAGAACUAUGAAGAUUUAUUUGAAGCUGCUAAUAUAAAACAAGGAUUUGAGAAGCUAACGGUACCGUCUACGGCAAUAGCCGAGUAUUUGAAAUCGAUUAACUUUAACAAAACAGUUUACUGUGUAACUUGUCCGGAGACAAUGAACGUACUACAAUCUUAUGGAUUCACGUGUAAAUAUGGCCCUGAAGUCGGUACGGAUCUCUACACAAAUUACAUUCAAUAUUUGGAAGACGAUGAGGAUGUUGGCGCUGUGGCAUUCGACAGCGAUUUUAAUGUGAACCUACCGAAAAUGUAUCAAGCUAUUACGUACCUGGCCAGACCUGAUGUACUCUUUAUUAGUGGAGCGACGGAUCGAUAUGUUCCUUUGAAGCCGGGAAGCUUAAAUUUAGGAACGGGUAUAUUUACUGACAUUGUAAGUGAAGAGGCAAAUCGCGAGCCAACACAACUCGGUAAACCUGGAAAAUUAUUCGGGGAAUUCGCAAUGAAACGCGCCGGCGUCACUGAUCCGAGUAGAGUACUGUUUAUUGGGGAUAUGAUCGAACAAGAUGUCGGUUUAGGGAGAGCAACCGGUUUCAAAACUUUGUUAGUGCUAACAAACAACACACCUGAAGAUAUGAAGGCACAUCAGACGUUAAAACCUGAUUACUACGCAGAUUCCUUGGGUAGUUUAGUUCCAGUUUUUAAUAACGUGUGAUUAGAUGGAAAAUAUAUUAAAUAGUAUAGUUGAAGGAUGAUUUUUUAUAAGCAUGAAAGUUAAAAGUUAAAAUAAUAAAGCUUAUGAUGAUACCUAAUGGUUACUUCGAGAAAGCUUUAGUGAAUUGUUUGUGGUUAUGUCAAAAAUUAUGUUAUCGUUGACUUGUUUAGUUACUUAUUAUUUUAUGUUAAAAGUACCUCUUGUACUUAUCU